ACAAUGCUAAUUUGAAUAGGCGGUGCCUGUAAACGCAGGCUAGUGACAACAACACCUGACCAAAUUAGCACAAGGACUUUUUCUGGAGACGAAGAACAACACCAUGUAAACGACAUAAUCCCACAAGCCCCAAAAACAUUAUAAGGUCUCCAUUCUACUAUGAGUGAGGAGAAAGAGGAACAUGGCCGCCAGAGCAAAGACCAGAGCCCAGAGCAGCAGGAGAGAGCCGACUCCCCUGGACCCAGCUGUGUCUCCAUGAAGAGUGACCGCUCUAUGCCUCAUCCUGUUAAUUUUCAAGAUGAACGCCCUUACAGAGAGGGGAGAAGAGUCCAGCAAGUGGGAGCCGACUCCCCUGGACCCAGCUGUGUCUCCAUGAAGAGUGACCGCUCUAUGCCUCAUCCUGUUAAUUUUCAAGAUGAACGCCCUGACAGAGGGGAGAGAAGAGUCCAGCAAGAGGGAGCCGACUCCCCUGGACCCAGCUGUGUCUCCAUGAAGAGUGACCGCUCAAUGCCUCAUCCUGUUAAUUUUCAAGAUGAACGCCCUUACAGAGAGGAGAGAAAAGUCCAGCAAGAGAGAGAAGACGUUGAUAGUAUAAAAGUGGAGCAGAUGAUGUGGGGAGGAACUGUUGCUGUCGAGUGCCAACAUAAAAUCAAGUCUCGUCUGAAGAAGAAGUUCAGGUGUGUGUUUGAGGGAAUCGCUAAAGCAGGACAGCCAACGGGUCUGAAUGACUUCUACACAGAGCUCUCCAUCACAGAGAGAGGCAGUGGAGAGGUCAACAAGGAACAUGAGGUCAGACUGAUUGAAAAAGCUUCCAGGAAACUAGCAAAGGAGGAAACACCAAUAAAAUGUGAAGACAUCUUUAAACCCUUACCUGGACGAGAUCAGUCAAUCAGAACAAUGAUGACGACUGGAGUGGCUGGUAUUGGAAAAACCGUCUUAACACACAAGUUCACUCUGGACUGGGCUGAAGGCAAACACAACCACGACAUACACUUCGCAUUUCUCCUCACUUUCAGAAAGCUGAAUUUACUGAAAGGGAAAGAGUUUAGCUUGGUGGAACUUCUUCAUCACUUCUUUAUUGAAACCAAAGAAGCAGGAAUCUGCAGAUACGAUCAGUUCCAGAUCGUCUUCAUCUUGGAUGGUCUGGAUGAGUGUCGACUUCCUCUGGACUUCCAGAACAACCCGGUCUGGAAUGAUGUUACAAAGCCGACCUCGGUGGAUGUGGUGCUGACCAACCUCAUCAGGGGCAACCUGCUUCCCUCUGCUCGCAUCUGGAUAACCACACGACCGGCGGCAGCCAAUCAGAUCCCUGCUGAGUGUGUUGACAUGGUGACAGAAGUGAGAGGGUUCACCGACCCACGGAAGGAGGAGUACUUCAGGAAGAGAUUCAGAGAAGAGACGCUGGCCAGCACAAUCAUCUCCCACAUCAAGGCAUCACGAAGCCUCCACAUCAUGUGUCACAUCCCAUUCUUCUGUUGGAUCAGUGCUACAGUUCUGGAGGACUGCUUCAAAACAUCCCAGAGAGGAGAAAAGAUUCCCAAGACUUUGACUCAGAUGUACAGCCACUUCCUGAGGGUGCAGUCCAUACAGGGGGACAGGAAGUACCAUGGGAGAGCUGAAACAGAUCCAAACUGGAGUUCAGAGAGCAGGGAGAUAAUCGUUUCUCUGGGAAAACUGGCUUUUAACCAGCUGGAGAAAGGCAACCUGAUCUUCAAUGAGGCAGACCUGGCAGAGUGUGACAUCGAUGUAAGAGAAGCCUCAGUGUCCUCAGGAGUGUUCACCCAGGUCUUUAAAGAGGAGUGUGGGCUGUACCAGGAAAAGGUGUUCUGCUUUGUCCAUCUGAGCCUCCAGGAGUUUCUGGCUGCCCUUCAUGUCUUUCUGUACUUCAUCGACACUGGGAUCAAUCUGCUCUCAGAAGAACAACCAACCUCUAGUGAUAAUGAACUCCUCCUCUACCAGAGUGCUGUGGACAAGGCCUUACAGAGUAAGAAUGGACACCUGGACUUGUUCCUCCGAUUCCUCCUGGGCCUUUCUCUAGAGACCAAUCAAAUGCUCCUACGAGGUCUACUGAGACGGACAGGUAGUGGCUCACAGACCAAUUGGAAAACUGUGUCCUACAUCAAAGAGAAGCUGAGUGAAGAUCUCUCUCCAGAGAGAAGCAUCAAUCUGUUCCACUGUCUGAAAGAGCUGAAUGAUAGUUCUCUAGUGGAGGAGAUCCAACAGUACCCGACAUCAGGAAGACUCUCCAGAAAAAAACUCUCCCCUGCUCAGUGGUCUGCUCUGGUCUUCAUCUUAAUGUCAUCUGAGGAGAAACUGGACGUUUUUGACCUGAAGAAAUACUCUGCUUCAGAGGAGGGUCUUCGGAGGCUGCUGCCAGUGGUCAAAGCCUCCAAAAUAUCUCUGCUAAUUGACUGUCAGCUGUCAGAGAGAUGCUGUGAAGCUCUGGCCUCAGUUCUCAGCUCCAACUCCUCUAGUCUGAGAGAACUGGACCUGAGUAUCAAUGAUCUUCAGGAUUCAGGAGUGAAGCAGCUCUCUACUGGACUGGGGAAUCCACACUGUACACUGGAAACUCUAAGGCUGAAUGGCUGUCAUCUGUCAGAGCGAUGCUGUGAAGCUCUGGCCUCAGUUCUCAGCUCCAACUCCUCCAGUCUGAGAGAGCUGGACUUGAGUACCAAUGAUCUGCAGGAUUCAGGAGUGAAGCUGCUCUCUGCUGGACUGGGGAGUCCACACUGUACACUGGAAACUCUCAGGUUGUCUGGCUGCAUGGUCACACAGAUAGGCUGUGCUUCUCUGGCCUCAGCUCUGAACUCCAACCCCUCCCAUCUGAGAGAGUUGGACCUGAGCUAUAAUCACCCAGGAGACUCAGGAGCUGCGCUGCUCUCUGCUGGACAGAAGGAUCAAUGCUGGAGACUGGACACUCUCAGUGUGGAGCACGGUGGAGUGUGGAGGCUGAAACCAGGUCUAAAGAAGUAUGCCUGUGAACUCACAUUGGACCCAAACACAGCCCACAGACAUCUCUCUGUGUCUGAGGACCUCAGAGAGGUGAAACAGCUUGGAAAGAAACAGAGAUAUCCUGAUCACCCAGAGAGAUUUGACGACUGCGAGCAGGUGUUGUGUAGAGAGGGUCUGACUGGCUGCUGUUAUUGGGAGGUAGAAUGGAAAGGAGAUGUUUAUAUAGGAGUGACAUACAGAGGGAUCACGAGAGGAUUAAGUCAACACAGCGAGCUUGGAGCAAACGACAAGUCCUGGAGUCUUCAUUGUUCUGCUGAUGGUUACUCUGCCUGGUACAACAACAGUAGUACAGUCAUAGAUCUCCCCCCAGCUGGCUCUACCAGAGUAGGAGUGUAUCUAGACCGGCCCGCUGGCACUCUGUCCUUCUACAGAGUGACCCCAGAUGUAGGAGGGUCCUCCUCAGACACACUGACGCACAUCCACACCUUCCAGUCCAAAUUCACCCAGGAGGACCUCCUCCCUGGGUUUUGGUAUGGGAGAUCUGGAUCCUCUGUGUCUCUGUGUCGGUAAUAGUGACACACACACGCUCUCACUCACUCACUCACUCACUCACUCACUCACUCACUCACUCACUCACAUUAAAACACACACGCAAAUCUUUAUAAUGUUGAUGCAUGAUUUUGGACCAUAUGGAAAUCCCAGGUCUUCAGGAAUUGUUUGUGGUCGCUGUGUCAUAAUUCGGCUUAAUAUUCAAUAUAUUGUUGAUAAUGGCAUUAACGAGAAAAUGUCAUCCGGCACUGCAUGUCAAAAAGGUUGCUGACCCCUGUUCUACAGAGUGUCAGAUGUAGCAGGGUCCAUAGAAACACUGACACACAUCCACACCUUCAAGUCCACAUCCACAGAGAACCUCCUCCCUGUGCUAGGGUUAUAAAACUAAAGGCUAUGCAAAGAAUCGCUUUUCCUAUAUCGUCUCAGGUCGGAUUGUGUGCUCGCUCCUAUAAUCACAAUAGCUUUUCUGUAUAUGAAUGAAUUCCACCCCCACCAAAUAUCUGUCGGUAGCUAGAGUUUCUCAUACCAGCCCUAGGACUUAUAUUACACAUAUUGUUUAUUUGUCUUAUUUUAUUGAAUCCAUGUUUGCUGUGGGGUUUAAGUCUGUUUUUUAUUAACCUGUAUAUAUCGUGUGUAACGAGGCAGAGUCCCUUGUUUGUUUUCCUUUUUGUUGUGUUUCAUAACCUUUUAGUUCAAGUUUUGGUUUACUUAUGUUAGAUUGUAACCUGUGUGAAUACUCCUGUUCCUGUUGCCUGGUUUUGUUUUGCUGUUGGACUUUUUGUAUGUGAAAAUCGUUGCUUCUUGGAAUACCUUGAUUUAAUUUACUACGUCGAUACACUUAUUUUUCUAGAAGUUGUUUGCCUGGUCUUUUACUUUUCUGAGUGAAACAUGCAGUAGCUUAACGUUGGCACACACAUAGUAAUAUUAAUAUAGUAGUGAGUAGGGGGUUGUUUAAAAGUGAAACGUCCUGAAACGUUUGUGUUUGAGGACCAGUUAUCUUGGAUUAUAUGCAUCUGGACCCACGGAGAGACAUACAACACUAUUAUAUUUGUGUUGAUUAAAUACUUGCAUCCACUCCAAAUGCUACAUUUUAUUUGGCUUCUGAAAAGUGUAGCAUGAUAGAUCAUCAUAGGGUCACCUAAGAAGGUAAUAUGUUUUGAAAAUGGAAAAUGGAACACGAUUUAAAGCAGAUUUGAUAUUGUUAAUUAAUAAGUAGCCUUUAGGAAAGACUGAGGAUUGAUGUUCCUGUUGUGAAUGACUUUAAACUGAAUAAAGAUAUACAUUUU